UAUUCCUCUAGUUCUAGGGUUUAGCAGAAUUGUUUUGAUUUUGAAAUUCAAUUUUCUUUUCUCUUUGGCUCAUUUCUCCUUCCAUUGUUUCCCGAGUCUUCCUCGCCACAAGUUGUUAUUAGAAGCUUAAGGAUUUGGCUUGUGGGACAUCUAUUAAAUGGAAGCGAAAUUUUUCCGGUUUCUAAAGAUAGUCGGGGUCGGGUACAAAGCGAGAGCUGAAUCCCAAGGACGGCUGUUGUAUCUGAAAUUGGGAUACAGUCAUGAAGUAGAACUGACUGUUCCCCCGGCUGUUCGCGUCUUCUGCUUCAAGAACAAUGUUGUUUGUUGCACUGGCAUUGAUAAGCAGAGGGUUCAUCAGUUUGCAGCUGCUGUUCGCAAUUGUAAACCACCUGAGCCUUACAAAGGCAAGGGCAUAAUGUACGUCGACGAAGUCAUUAAGAAGAAACAAGGGAAGAAGUCGAAAUGAUUGCCAAAGUGCUGGUUAUUUCUGAAAUGCACUUCGGCCGAAGGAUUAUUUUUUGCCAAGGACCCAGAGAAGAGAUUAAUUCGUACAUGUUUUGUUUGAAGCAAAUUCUUCCACUAGCUCCGUUUUCAGUUUUUUUUUUUUUGGUGCUGGGAAAAUCUAACUGAAAAACAGUUAUUGGAAUAGGCAAUUUGAGAGAAGAAAAACAUUUUUUUUUUUCCAAAUAUAAUUAGACCAUGGUUGUUUCUGCCUCGUGUGGGGUAUCGAUAACAUUUUCUAAAGCUUCUAUUCACCUAACUUUGCUGGAU